CCACGCCGGGAUGACAAGACGUAGGAGCGGGGGGAAGGGGCAUUCACCUAACUAUUUCGAAUUUCUUGAGAAGGCCAUGGUGUGAUGGGAUGUGUUGCGACUGUAAAAGGGAAGCAGCCUGGAGCACCGAUUUUCAAGACCAUCUCUUCUGAGCACGUGGUGGGGUGUGCCAUGAAGCUGUCAAAUUGAAAUCCUUGAGGCUCCGAGUAUGCUGAUUGGGUUCCAGUCGUGGAAGAAUUGCAAGGAGGAUCUCCCCACAACCACCUCCAGUCCCACGCCACAGUCCAAUACACAGGAGACCUAAUACCCAGUCUCAGAGCUGAAUGGCGUGUUCUGGUCGAACGGUGAGUUCCACCUCUCAAGUGGCAUAUCUCGCAUCUUAAGAAACGAAUAGUGAAGGGAAGAGUGUUUACGUGAGUACCUCAGCACCCUUUACUUGAAUCCUACACUCUGCGUCGAAGUGUAGGUCGUUUCGCCCCUAUACCCAAGUUGGCGAUUGAUAUUGGACGUCAGAACCGCUGCGGGGUUCCACCAGAGUAGCUCCCAUCCCUUUCCCUCACCCAAAUAUUUCUUUUCCCCUAUCUCGCCACUCCACAGAUAAGAGAGAGUCUGGUAUUUUCCAAAAGAUCCUACUUCUGUCUUUCUUCACUGGAGGAAGAAGACAAAGGCAAGGCAGGUGCAGUGCGAGUGAAGAGAGGAGUGGAGGACAUGUACUGAGUUGUCACUACAAGAAAGCUUCGCUAGAAAAAGCAGCAGUGGAGAGGUGAAGAUAAACAGAGAUGAGGAGACAGAGAAUAAGAAAGCUGGUUCAGAUUUCUGCUGGAACUGGACAUACAGCUGGAGGGAGAGAGUGAGGUACUCCACACGUCAGAGUACGUGUACCUGGCAACAGGAGCCAGCAGCAUCUGUGCCACACACUCCAAUUUCCAGUGAGAGAAGAGAAAUGUAGACGUGUACCUGGUGGUGUCUGUCAAGAACUUGGGAGCCUGGGUCCAGCACCUCAUCCAUAACAAGUGGAGCACAUCUACAAAGUGACGGGAGACGAGAGAUUUGAGCUAGUGAUAGUGGACUACCAGAGUGGAGGACCUGGAUGUGGCGGCAGAGCUGAGGGCCUCUUCUCUUCCCAGAUGGAAGGUGAUCAGCAUGACUGGAGGCUUCUCUCGCAGUGGAGGGCUCCAGGCCGGCAUCGACUACGUGACGAACCCCGACGCAAUUGUGAUGACCAUUGACAUGCACCUCACUCUACCUCCCGGCUUUGUGGAGUACACUCGCAGGCAUGUGGUGCAGGGGAAGAUGGGGUUUGCCCCUAUGUUCUUCCGUCUUAAUCAGGGCUACACUGAGAUUAACAUCAACGGAUUCUGGGAGACUCUGACAUAUGGGCUACUGGGGAUGUACAAGAGUGACUGGACCACUGCUGGAGGAUUCGACGUACAGAAAUACACCACCAAAUGGGGUGGGGAGGACUGGGGCGCUGUGGACAGAGUUGUGACUCACGGAAUUGAACUGUUCAGAGUCAGGUACCCAGGACUGGCGCACUACUUCCACACCAAAAAAGGCAUGUGGGACAACAACCUACAAUCUAAGUACAAUCACUAG